UCUAGGUAAACAAACAAAUUAAAUUUGGCCUCUUCUAAAUAAAACCGACCUACUGGGAAAUAGAGAGAGUGAGAGAGCACAUUUCACAAAAACUCCGACUCUCUUUAAUAAACAAAAAAGUGAAUGGUCAUAAACAGCACACAAACAAUAUAUUUACUCACUUUAUCCAACAAAUAUUUAGAUACAAAGCACACAUAUCUAUAUGUACCUAAACUGAAUUAUCGGUAGCAUAAGCAACCAUUAAACUAAACAAAUGCCAAAUGUUACUUGUGAGCAAGCAGCAGACAUAAUAAAAUGAUAAAGCUUAUGUACUAUACAUACAAACUACUCUGUACAAAUAUACGUAUGUACGUAUUACUACUUAACAAAAGAAACAAAAGGCAAGCGAAUGCGAAACCAGAUUUAUUUUAUACCUUCGAAGGUAUAUACAUCAGCAAAUCAGUCACUCGCUCAGUUGGUGAAGUUAAGCGCAUCAUAGCGAACGUUAAAAGAACAACUCGAAGAUUUGAUUGAUAUGAUAAAGAAAAGAAGAAAAAGUAGUGAAUACAUAAUUAUAAAAUAAAAACUAAAUAACUAAAAGCCGGUAUAUGAAUAACUAACUCAUAAUUGUGUGGAGGCAGUAAACAAACAAACGAAUUUCAUUAAACAUUUAUAAAAUAAGAUAAAUUUAUACACCAACUAAAUACUCAAGCAACACAUCAACCGAAAAAUAUUGAAGAUUAUCUUUUGGAUUCAAGUGUGAGGUCAUCACGUAUAGCAAUAGUGCACAGAAAACGUGUUAUACCUUGCAACACGGAUUUCAAGGCCAUCGUUAUUAACGAUUUUUUUUAAACUUUAAUAAACUUUUAUAUAAAAUUCUAAAUAAAGUGGAACGUAUAUGUUCUUCUGACCUCAUAUGGAAAUGGAAAGAAAUUUUGAACUAGUUUAUUGAAAAGUAUUCAACGCCAUAAACAAUGGAGAAAUUUUUAAUACUCAUACCUACUUGGUUUAUGUUUUUAGUUUUAUGUGUUCACAAUUGCGGAUGUGAAACCAAACAAAACAUUUUACCUGAUUUACCUCUAGAACAUUUAAAGCGUUACUUAAAUACAUUCGCCAAAGUAAAGCAACAGUGUGAACAAAAUAAAGACUGUAAUCGUGAUUUGUUGAAAGAGAUUUCCUCUGCAGAUAAUGAAGUUUGUUGGGGCUUUGAACCGGGAUGUAAAAAGAAAAAUCGUUUCCAAACACCUUCCUGUCCUGGACAACAUACAGGAUGGGUAAGAAAUAAAGAGGCACAAUUGGAUACUUUCUAUCAACAGGCUGACUUUGGUUAUGUACAACAUCAAAUCGAAGAAUUAAUGCUAAUGUGUGAGCCCAAACUUAUAACGGAUUCUUCUUUAGAAUGUACCAAAUAUUUAAGAUUUUGUCGUGGUAGAUAUUUGAUGUUAGAUUUUCGAGAUUUAGCACAAAGAAAUGAACGUAUACGUUAUCAUAUGGAUGUACUGGGACCGGGACAAAUAAAGGGCUACUGCAAACUAAAUGAAACAAGACUUAAAAAUGAAAUGGAUCACAUGGGUGCCCUGCAAUCUUGGUCGCCUGAAUUAAGAAACUUUGAACAAGCUACAAAUAAUUUCGAUGAACAGAGCGACGAAUGUGAUAUGUUCAUAAAUACGCCCACAUUUUUAAUGAAAAUCGAUGCUACGUAUAAUAUGUAUCACCAUUUUUGUGAUUUUUUCAAUCUCUAUGCUACACUAUUCGUUAAUCAAACUCACUACACAACAUUCGAUACAAAUACUCAAAUAAUUGUAUGGGAAACUUACCCGUAUGAUUCACCAUUUGCCGCUACUUUCAAAGCUUUUUCUCAUAACCCAGUCUGGACACUAGAUCAAGUUAAAGGUAAACGCAUUUGCUUCAGAAAUGUUGUCUUGCCUUUGCUGCCCCGUAUGAUUUUUGGUUUAUACUAUAACACACCAAUCAUACAAGGCUGCCAUAGUAGUGGUAUGUUUAGAGCCUUUUCCGAGUUUGUAUUACAUCGCUUGCGAAUACCUUUCGAACCUCCUCAAAAGCAGAAAAUCAGAAUAACUUUUCUUUCACGACGCACAAAAUAUAGGCGAGUUUUAAAUGAGGAUAAAUUGCUGGAAGAAAUAAUUAAAAAUGAAAAUUUCAUUGUUAAUAAAAUAUCGUAUGAAAGAGACCUAUCAUUCUUGCAACAGCUAGAAGUUACAAGGAAUACCGAUAUUUUAAUUGGAAUGCAUGGAGCAGGAUUAACACAUCUUCUAUUCCUGCCCAAUUGGGCAACAAUUUUUGAGCUGUACAAUUGUGAAGAUCCCAAUUGUUACAAAGAUUUGGCUCGUUUACGAGGUGUUAACUACAUCACUUGGGAGCAUCGUGAUUUAGUAUAUCCCGAAGAUGAAGGACAUCAUCCUGAAGGUGGAGCCCAUGCUAAAUUUACAAAUUACGCUUUUGAUGUAAAGGAAUUUUCACGUUUAGUGCAGAAGGCUGCUCAGCAUGUGAGCAAUCAUGAAGAGUUUGUGAAUUAUCAAAAAGAUAAAGAGGCUAAACACAAGGAUGAAUUGUAGUUACUUAAUGUAUUUUUAUGUACUUACCCUGUUAGGAUUUUAUAUAUUGUUUGUAAUGUGAUUUUUAUUGAAAAUAUAUAUUUUAUACUCUUUUUUUCCACAAAUAGAAAUAAA